CUUCGUGCUUCCAUCCCGGAAGUGAGUCGCCGGAGCCAAAAUGGACCAGUGUUGUAGUUGGUGGCUGAAGAAGCUGAUGUCGGUCGACGAGAUAAACGGGAGCGUUAAACACCGACAGGCCUGAGACAUCAUCCCCGAGGUUUUCUGCGGGUCGGUGCAGGAAACGAGCCUCAGUCCGGGACUCAGUUAGAUGGUGUGGUCAUGGCGGAGCGGCGGGUGGAGUGUACGUGGAAGAGACACGUCUCAGAGCAGCUGAAGCUCAGAGACCGUGUGCAGAGACAGGCCUUCGAGGAGAUUGUCCACCAGUAUAAUCGUCUUCUUGAGAAGUCAGACCUGCAGGCUGUUCUGUCAGAGAGAUACCAGACUGACAAGUAUGAUGUCCAGAGAGGACACGAGGCCGGUCCAGCUGCAGACUCAAGUCGCAGCGACGCCCUGCAGCAGGAAAUGGCUCAGAUGAGAAUCAAACACCAGGAGGAGCUGACGGAGCUGCACAAGAAAAGAGGAGAGCUGGCUCAGAGUGUGAUUGAACUGAACAACCAGAUUCAGCAGAAAGACAAAGAGAUCCAGAGCAACGAGGCAAAGAUGUUGGAGUACCAGCAGCAGAUUGCCAGCCUGGAGGGAGACUGUCGGGACCUGAGGAGCUACCUGCAGGCUGUUAAUGCCCAUCACGCAGCAGGACGUUUAACUGACAGCUGUGUGUUGGAUCUUCUGAGCUGUAAGAGAUGUGCUGAAGAGCAUCAACAGGACUCUCUGACUCUGCAGGACCUGGAGAGGGCAAACCAGACCCUGAAGGACGAGUACGAUGCCCUACAGAUCACUUUCUCUGCUCUAGAGGAAAAACUGAGGAAGACCACCGAGGACAACCAGGAGCUGGUGUCCCGCUGGAUGGCUGAGAAGGCUCAGGAGGCCAAUAAACUGAACGCUGAGAACGAGAAAGACAGCAGACGCAGACAAGCCAAACUGCAGAAAGAAUUGGCUGAUGCUGCCAAAGAGCCUCUGCCCGUCGACCCAGAUGACGACAUUGAGGUCCUGACUGAAGAUGGGGGGAAGGCCGGCGGAGAGACCUCCCCUAACAGACCACUCAGCAGAACGCCCAGUAAGAAAAUCUCCCAGCCUCCUCCUGGUGGUCUGCUGGACUCCAUCUCUAACAUUUUUGGUGUGUCUGAGUGUGUUCAGCCUGGACUCGUCCCACAACUGUACUCCAGCAGGCGUCGAACUGCCAACUCUUUCAGCACUUCACCGGAGAACACUGAGGCUCCGUCAGGUGUGUGUGCAGAGGUUCGAGUCCCGUCCACGGCACUGCAUGUCUUUGAAGCCCACGAUGGUGAGGUGAACGCAGUGAGGUUCAGCCCUGGCUCUCGUCUCCUAGCAACAGGAGGAAUGGACCGCAGGGUGAAGCUGUGGGAGGUCGUUGCCGGUCGCUGUGAGCCUAAAGGAGCUCUGACGGGCAGUAACGCUGGAAUCACCAGCAUUGACUUUGACAGUGCUGGCUCGUACCUUCUGGCUGCCUCCAACGACUUUGCUAGUCGGAUCUGGACUGUGGACGACUACAGACUGAGGCACACCUUGACAGGUCACAGUGGGAAAGUGCUGUCAGCUCGCUUCCUAUUGGACAACGCUCGGAUUGUGUCUGGGAGCUACGACCGGACGCUUAAACUGUGGGACCUCCGCAGCAAAGUCUGUAUGAAGACGGUGUUUGCUGGCUCCAGCUGUAAUGACAUUGUGUGCACGGAGCAGUGUGUGAUGAGCGGACACUUUGAUAAGAAGGUUCGAUUCUGGGACAUCAGAGCGGAGAGUAUAGUCCGGGAGCUGGAGCUGCUGGGCAGGGUGACAUCUCUGGACCUGAACCACGACCGCACAGAGCUGCUCACCUGCUCCAGAGACGACCUGGUGAAGAUCAUCGACCUGCGCAGCAACGCUGUCAGACAGACGUUCAGUGCUCAGGGCUUCAAGUGUGGCGCUGAUUGGACCAGAGUGACCUUCAGUCCUGAUGGCAGCUAUGUGGCUGGGGGAUCAGCUGAUGGAGCUUUGUACGUCUGGAAUGUCCUGACAGGGAAAGUGGAUCGGACUCUGGACCGAAACCACAACUCUGCCAUCAACUCGGUGUCCUGGUCACCUUCAGGAGCGUAUGUCGCCAGUGUGGAGAAAGGCAGCAAGGCCAUCCUGUGGUCUGACAUGUGAUUGGCUGAUGAUGUGGAGACGGAGACACUGAGGGGGAUGAUGGAAACGGUGAGGACGAGGAGGAUGAUGAAGUUGGUCACCAGCUGACAGACUGACUCAGCUGACAGCUGCUUGUUCUGCCUUCAGCUUCAAUCUCAUGUUUACGUUGACAAAAAAAAAACUGCCGUCAAACUUCAUCAGCUUGAAGUCAACAAGGAUUCAGUAAAUUCUUUAACCGUGGACGCUCCAAUGGACAGUUCAGUGGACAGUGUCUCACUAAUGUGUGUGUGUGUGUGUGUGUGCGCGUGUGCGCGUGUGUGUGUGUGGUUGUGUGUAUAUAAACAGAAUAAAGUCAGAAUCAUA